GCAGCUGUGAUGGGUCUGCGCCUCCACCGGAGGCCCGGGACCUUGUCUCGAUCCUCGGGGAUCGAUCCCUUGGACGGCAGAGGGAACUUCAAGAGACUCCGAAAGGACGGCGGGGAAGGCCAGAAAAUGUUAGCAGUCCCCGCCGGGCCCCAAGUCCCUCCGGAGGUGCGCGAGGGAGAAAAGAUUCCUGUUGAGAUGAAAUAAGUCUGAAGUUGACCUGCACCUUGGCUCUUGCCCCUUGCCGAGGUCGUCGGGUCGCUGUACUGCCCACCCCAGCUCAGGUCGGGCGCUCUCUGCUGCACCCAGCCACCCUCGCUGCCAGGUUUUGUGUCUUUAUGGCGCUCCCCCGUGGGAAAUGCUUUGGGCUGGGGGAACUUUCGUAGCUUGAUAAUUCCUUUCCUUCUUAGUUACCUAGCCAAGGGGACCCAGUCAUCUCCAACGUCUCCCCAGCAGCAGAGCGCAGCCACUUGUCCCCAAUCUUCCUAACGUUGAGAAGUGAUCCCUGGCCAGGUCCGGGUGUUCACAUCGACAGAGCCCACUACCGGACUAUGACAGGAGAAAGCAACUCGCUACAGCCCUAGAUACCGGGAACUCACGGUGCUUUCAAGGGAGAUCCCCUGGAACCACUUCUAGCCAUUCCGGGACACCUAGGUGUAGAAGGGGAAGGGUGUAAGAAUGCGAGCACCUGCUGCACAGAAGGGACAGCCGGAGGGUCGCAAGCUGUCUGGAACAGCUACUGUGACUCUGAGCUCCGACGUCUCCCCGGUGCUGAUGGGGACAGUCUCCCAGGGGACCAAGAUGAGAGGCUCUACCCGCAGAAACUUGUCCCAUAACCCCGCGUUGUUCUGGGUGCCAACAUCGACUUCCCAGGGACGCAGACACCAUUGGGUCCUCCGAUGCUCAGGCCACCGGGGAAACCAAUUUGAGCGCCAACCGCAAAUAUCAGCUCGGCUAGGUACCUGGGGACCCGCCCCGGUUGAAACUGGGUGGCUGGUCCCCAGGCGUUUGAAGGGUUGGGAUUCCAAAAGAUCCACCUUCCGUGCUCCCCUCAAGCUGCCCCUCCUUUGGCUCCCUCCCGGGCCAGAUUUUCCUCCUCCAAGUCUGGGUCUCAGCCUGAGAUCUAUGCUUAGAGUGGAGGCACUUUGCAAACAGCGGGGGCAGAGGCUCUACGUGAACCAACCGCGCCACCUGCCGGCCAGAUUCGGGAGCGCGCGGACCCGGAGCAAAGCAGAACGGACAAAGACCUCAGCCAGCCACACAGGUUGUCCAAGCCCUGCUAGUAAUUUAUUUACCGAUUUGGCCAGGUCCUCCCAUACUACGGUACGGAAAGUCCUGUCUCGCCUCCUUCCACCUAGACUACGAAAGAAGAACUCGGAAAACGUUUCAUGGAGGAACUUCACAUUCAAAGGAUUUCAUGAGUAGCUUGUCCCCUAAAAUGGGAAUAUGGAGUAAAAAUCCAAGCAGCACGGCGAGGUGUGGGGCGGGUAGAAAACCGAGCGUGGCUCCAGGCGCUUUCUGAAUGUUGUCAUGGAGAACCGAUCGCUUUUCCUGUCCGGGGCUGGAGAACUGUGCUUGCAAACUCAGACCCGGACCAAUCACACCAGCAACUUUUGCAGAAGGCGAGAGUGCGGCGAUGGGCAGUAGCUGAGUUGGUUGUCCAGAGGGACAGCAGUGAAGGCUCCUGGCAUUUUGACUCUGCGGUUUGGAAAAACCUAUUGGAAUGUCACCCACAGGGGAAGUGAAUUUCCGUUAUUGUAGCUACUGAUUUUACAUCAGUGAAGCGCGGGGGGAGGAAUUAUGCACGCGGGAAUAUAUGUGUAUGCAUAAAUUAUUAAUAAUAACCGCGCUAAGU